AUGAACACGAGUACAAACCAGGUACCGAACCCUGAAUCUGGGAUCGUCGUAUAUGAAGGCGAUCUCUUCAAGAACGCUCCUAGACGUUGUGUCCUCGUGCACGCGUGCAACACCCUAGGAUCUUGGGGAGCGGGUAUUGCCACCAUCUUUAAGCGCAAGUAUCCAGCUGCGUACGAAGUCUACCGAGACGAGUGCGUCGAAAAGGGGUCCAGUUUAUUGGGGACUUGUCUCCUUAUUCCAGCUGGAGACCGCGAUAUUGCCUGCCUCUUCACGUCUAGGAAAUAUGGGAGACAGACAGACCCAAAGGAUAUGAUUCUCAGAAGCACUCGGAGUGCCGUCCAAGACCUAUUACGGCAGCUCGAGGGUAGUAAUAAGCCUAUUUAUGGUUGCCGCAUCAACGCAGGCGCGUUUCGUGUGCCUUGGGAAGAGACUGUGGAGAUCUUAGAUGAGCUCGGUUUGCGCAUGACUGUCUAUGAAAUUGCUCCAUAA